CUUUCGAAGUUGCAUAAAUCUCGCAGAAAAGCUUCCAUUUCCCUCUCUAGCUACCAUGGAGAAUAAGAAGAAGAGAAAGACAAACCAACCCCUUCAUGUUCAUUAUCUAUGGCGGCUACUGGCGGUGCUGGUGAUGGUGCUAGUCGUCAUGGCAUUGGCCUACAAUCCCCCAAAACCCCUUCAGUUACAUCCGUCUCUUAUAUCAACUCAACCUCAUUAUCAUAAUUUUUCUUCUUCUUCUUCAAAAGCACUAGGACCAAGUAUAAAUACUAAGGCAAACAUCACAGCGGAUAUUCAAUCGGGCCCUUAUCACAAUUGGAAACUAUUUGUUGCCGAUUUUCAGGAAAUGAUGAGCAAUUUCAAGAUCUAUAUAUACCCUCAUGUCUACAACAGCAACAUCACCAUGGACCCAUUUGCUGGAAUUUUUGUUCCCCACACAAACCCCUUAAAUCCAAAAUUGGGAAAUUACCUGAGUGAACACAUGUUUAAGAUUGCCCUUCUUCAUAGUUCUCUAAUCACAACUACUCCUCAACAUGCCCAUUUUUUCUUCUUGCCUUUCUCCAUCAACAACUUGAGAAACGACCCUCGAGUCCGGUCGGAGGCUUCCAUUGCUGAAUUUGUAGCCCAAUACACUGGCAGCAUAAGCAAAGAGUUCGCAUUCUGGAAUGCGUCGGGAGGUGCUGACCAUUUCUAUGUGUACUGUCAUUCUGUGGGACGAGAGGCUGCUUCCAGAAAUGCGGAAUUGCAUAACAAUGCGGUUCAGGUUACUUGCUCUUCUAGUUACUUCCAAAAGUUUUAUGUAUCCCACAAAGAUGUGGCUCUUCCUCAAGUCUGGCCCCGCUCCGAUCGUGUGCCAUUGAAUCCUCCUCAUGCCAGGCAUAGACUUGUAUACUUUGCUGGACGAAUACAAAACUCUCGUGUUCGCCAAGAACUAAUAGCUUUAUGGGGAAAUGAUACUUCUAUGGACAUAUUCUCCAAGAGUCCUUUUCCUUAUGAGGAAGGCUUUAAGAGGAGCAAAUACUGUUUCCAUGUUAGAGGUUAUGAAGUCAACACAGCAAGGGUCAGCGAUGCCAUACAAUACGGGUGUAUUCCUGUUAUACUCUCCAAUUAUUAUGACCUCCCAUUUGGGGAUGUCUUGGACUGGAGCAAAUUUUCUGUUGUCAUCAACCAUGGAGAAAUUGCAUUUUUGAAGGAGAAGCUGUUGUCCAUAUCAAGAAAAAUGUAUCUGAUCAUGUACCAUAAUCUUUGCCAAGUCAGGAGGCACUUUGUGUGGCAUAAAACACCAAGAGGUUAUGAUUCCUUCCAUAUGAUUGCUUAUCAGUUAUGGCAGAGAAGGAACAUUCAUCGUUUAUCCUACUAAAUUCUGGCAGAGAAGAUGCAUCUAAUUAACAAGGGUGUGCAAGAAUACCAACUGCAUAGAUUGCACUCUGUGAAGCAGUGUGCCACUCAUAAUCGCGGGGUUUGGUGGUAUUUUAUGUCUCUUUUCAUUUUUUUUAAGCAGUAUGCUGAUGAUGCUCCACAUUCUUAUCUUGCUGCAUAUACCAAAGAGCAUUCACUCAACUAAACCUGCAGUAUUUGUACUGUAAAUCUAGUGGUUUUCUCAAUCUCAUGUUUGAUAUCAUUAAUUCAUAAAUUUUGAUGAGAUGGGAUGUCUCCUUUCUACCCACCGCCACAUAUGUUAUCAGAACUUGAAG